AUGGCUACCGUUAUACCGCCUCCCUCGAAGAAACAAAAGAAGGAAGCACAACAAGUAAGAGAAGUGGAUCUCGUGCCCAAGGAUUUGCCUAAUGUUCUUAUCAAAUUUCAAGCAUCUGAUUCUGGGGAAUCAAUUGGUGGAUCAAUAAGAGUUCCAGGUGGAAUCACUGAAAAGCAAUUAGAAGAACUUUUGAAUCAAUUACAUGGUGAAACUGCUGAACCUGUUCCAUAUACUUUCUCCUUAUUAAAUACUUCUGAUGAUGACAAGAAGAAUAAUGAUCAAAAAUUAAUUGAUAUUAAAGAUAAUUUAUAUUCAUCAGUUUUAAAACCAGGUAUAAAGACCACUGAAGAUUUCUUAACCUUGGUCUAUACUCCUCGAGCUGUUUUCAAAGUAAGAGCCAUAACAAGAUCUAAUGCUGCUAUAGCAGGUCAUGGUUCAACUAUUUUAUGUUGUCAAUUUGCUCCUAAUGAUUCCGGUAGAAUGUGUUCGGGUGCUGGAGAUUCAACAGCAAGAGUAUGGGAUUGUAAUACUCAAACUCCUUUAUAUACUUUAUCAGGUCAUUCUAAUUGGGUUUUAUGUGUGGCUUAUUCUCCUUGUGGUACAAUGAUUGCCACUGGUUCAAUGGAUAAUACUAUAAGAUUAUGGGAUGCCGAUACUGGUAAACCAAUAGGUAAUCCAUUAGUUGGUCAUACUAAAUGGAUUUCAUCAUUAACUUGGGAGCCAUUACAUUUAGUUAAAUCUGGACAAAUACCAAGAUUAGCUUCAGGUUCAAAAGAUGGAUCUGUUAAAGUUUGGGAUACCACAACUAGAAAUUGUUCAUUUACAAUGAAUGGUCAUACUAAUUCUGUAUCAUGUACUAAAUGGUCAGGAUCAAAUAUCAUUUAUAGUGCAUCACAUGAUAAAACCAUCAAAGCUUGGGAUAUUAGUGCCAAUGGUAAAUGUAUUCAAACAUUAAAGAGUCAUGCUCAUUGGGUGAAUCAUCUUGCAUUAUCUACUGAUUACGUGUUAAGAAGAGGUGGGUUCGAUCAUACUUCAACUAAAGCUUCAUCUAAAAAGCAAUCAAUGGAUGAAUUGAUUCAAAAAGCUAAAGAUCAAUAUGAAAAAGUGGCCAAAUUGAAUUCUACUAUAAGUGAAAGAUUAGUAACUGCUAGUGAUGACUUUACAAUGUAUUUUUGGGAACCAUUAAAGUCUUCUAAACCAAUUACUCGAAUGACAGGUCAUCAGAAAUUAGUCAAUCAUGUAUCAUUUUCACCUAAUGGUAGAUAUGUAACAUCAAGCUCGUUUGAUAACUCGAUCAAGUUAUGGAGCGGCUACAAUGGAUCUUUCGUCGGAACAUUCAGGGGUCAUGUGGCUCCUGUUUACCAGACUGCAUGGUCUGCCGAUGAGAGAUUAUUGGUUAGCUGCUCCAAGGAUACGACUUUAAAAGUUUGGGACAUCAGAUCCCUUAAACUUAGUGUCGAUCUUCCAGGACAUUCCGAUGAAGUCUAUGCUGUCGAUUGGAGUCUUGACGGUAAUAGAGUAGCUAGUGGUGGAAAGGAUAAAAUGAUUAGGUUAUGGUCACAUUGA